AUGUCACUCACCAAAUAUCCCGAGACUGAAGAGUCGCCGGCCACGACCGAGGCCGGUCAGACUAAACCCAUCCGACUGAGUCCAUCUGGGAGCCCUCUUUAUCCAGCAGUGACAGAAGACCCCCUGGAUCCUUUGAAUUGGAGUUUUGUUCAGAAAUAUACCUGUAUCAUGAUUGCAUGCUUUGCCUACUGCCUACUUACCUAUUUCACGACCGCGCCAGUCCCAUCCUUCACCGAACUCGAAGUCCAAUUCGACACGACCUAUACAAAAGUGACUUGGUCCUUUGCAGUGCCAUGUCUCGGUCUUGCUAUCGGUCCGCUUAUUACUUCGUCAUUGGCUGAGACAUAUGGACGUCGUAUAGUGUUGAUUGCCAGCACUGCUGUUGCUGUUGUGGCGAGCGGGUGCACCUCGCUGCAUGGAAACUCUCUUUCGGGGUAUAUGGCUGCACGGUUCUUUCAGGGAUUAGGCGCCGGUCCAUCUGCAAAUAUUGGUUUAACGGUUAUCAAUGAUUUGUCUUUCGAGCAUGAGAGGGGCUUUCGAGUGGGAUUAUGGGCCAUGUCUGCUAACUUUGGGACAGUGCUUGGAGCCGUGGUGGGUGGCUUCUUGGCUUCCGUUUCUCAGUAUUGGAUUAGUUAUCAUGUUACUAUCCUCUUCGGGGUCUUGCUUAUCUGCGAAUGUCUCUUCCUCCCAGAGACCCACUAUCCACGUGCGGUGGUGUUGGAGUAUGAAGCAGAAUAUGAAGGACAGGAAUUAUCCGUGGGUACAAAAUAUGAUGCUAUUUCCGACAUUAAACGGACGAAAAGCUUGGGUUAUCUGCAUUUGAGACACAUCCCAGGAGUCAGACACCCCAAGCCUUGGGACGCAGUUUUAGUAUUCUGCAAAUUAUGGGCGUAUCCCACGAUAUCGAUAAGUAUCUGCUGCUAUGUAUUUUUCCAGUAUUGGUGGAUCUGCUCGAUCAUGACGAUGGAGCCACUGGCCUACGAGAGCCGCAGCGUUCAAGUGCAAGGUCUCCUUUUCAUUGGACUCCUCCUGGGACUCGUGUUUGCUGAGGCUUUCUGCUCUGGUCGCCUCAGUGAUUGGCUCGUUGCUCGAUUAGCUCGCAAGAACGAUUCGCAACGCAUUCCAGAGAUGAGGCUCUGGCUCGGGUAUCCGGCUGCAGUAGUGUCAUCAGUGGGUCUCAUUCUCUGGGGCAUUUCGGUCGAUAAAGAUUGGCACUGGAUGACGGGCCAAGUGGCUUUCUUCCUGUAUGCUGCGGGCACACAGGUUGGAAAUACAGUGCUCUCCACGUAUAUUGUCGACAAUUAUCCCGAAUUUGCGAUGGAGGUGAUCAUGUUUUACUCGGUGGUUAUCAAUGUAAGUGUCACACAUGUGUUUUCAGACGAGGGUAAUGGACUGACCUAG